AUGUCCAACCACACCUUCGAGGUUUCCAUCUUCUCCCUCCUCGACGAGAACCUCAAGCCCGGGCCGGUGUCGGAGAGGAACUUCGGCCUGUUCCACGACGACGUGACGCCGGUCUACGACGUCGGCAUCUUUACAGAUCCGGAGACCCUUGAGCCGGUGAGCGCGAAGGUGACGCCCGCGCUGAGCUCGCCGGGAGCGGCGGGUGGGCGCCGGCAAUGGUGCGUGCCGGAACCGGCGGCGGACGAGAUGGUGCUGCAGGAGAACAUCGACUUCGCGUGCGGCCAAGAGGGUGUCGACUGUGCCGCGAUCCGACCGGGCGGCGUCUGCUACGAGCCGGACACGGUGCAGGGCCACGCGGCGUACGCCAUGAACCUCUACUUCCAGUCCAACGCCCAGCAUGCGUUAUGGAGGCUGCAAAUUCAUGUGAACAAGGACGGUUAG